UCUCGACCACGAGCGGAUUUACUCUUUUGGGCCUACUCGCCCUCUUUCGUCCGCCGUGCGUUCUGCUCCUCCACGCGCUCGGCGGCGGCUACGGCGAGGUCCGGCCGGCGGCGGCGUCCCCUCCCGGGGAUAUGGAGUACGAGAACAAGCACGUUCUCGCUCCCAUGGUUCGAGUCGGGACGCUGCCUUUGAGGUUGCUUGCUGCUCAGUAUGGUGCGGAUAUAACGUACGGGGAGGAGAUUAUCGACCACAAGUUUCUCAAAUGCGAGCGGAGAAUUAACGAGUGCAUUGGUUCGACAGAUUUUGUGGAGAAAGGAACAGAGAAUGUUGUUUUUAGAACCUGCAAGCAAGAACGGGAUCGGGUAGUCUUUCAAAUGGGUACUUCCGAUGCCAUGAGGGCUCUACGUGCUGCAGAAAUAGUGUGUAAAGAUGUUGCUGCAGUAGAUAUCAAUAUGGGAUGCCCAAGGUCAUUUUCUUUGAGUGGAGGCAUGGGCGCUGCCCUACUGAGUAAACCAGAGCUCAUUCAUGAUAUUUUGACUACCUUGAAGAGGAAUAUGGACACACCAGUUACAUGUAAGAUUCGACUUCUCAAGCAUUCUCACGAUACGGUAGAACUAGCAAGGAGAAUUGAAAAAACUGGUGUCUCUGCGCUUGCUGUUCAUGGAAGAAGAGUACCAGAUCGACCUAGAGAUCCUGCUAAAUGGGAUGAGAUUGCUGAUGUUGUUGCAGCCCUAUCUAUUCCAGUUAUAGCAAAUGGUGAUGUCUUUGAGUAUGAUGAUUUCCAGCGUAUCAAAGUUGCAACAGGUGCCUCAUCAGUGAUGGUUGCGAGGGGAGCUUUGUGGAAUGCUUCUAUUUUUUCUCCUGAAGGAAAAGUACCAUGGGAAGAUGUCAAAAGGGAAUAUAUUAGAAAGAGCAUCUUGUGGGACAAUGAUGUUAAAAGCACAAAGCACACACUUAAGGAAAUGAUAAUGCACUAUUCAUGCCUUGAACUGCCCGAGGGGAAGGCUGUGAUCAAGUCAGACACGCUGGCUGACUUAGCGCAACUCUAUGGGGAGGAGGAGUACUACCAACACGUUAACAAAACCAGGUUCCAGGUUGAAGUUGACUAGUUCUUGCAUAUCUGACAUGUGGUCUUGCUCUUUUGCCCUAGUUUAAUGUGAGGACAAGUUUUCCCAACUAUCUGCCCAUUAGGCAUACCUACCUUCAAAUGCUUCAAGAUACCGAGAGUAACUUGGGUUAGUGCUUUGACCCCAAAAAAUGUAUCGGCUGAUUUUAUCUGAAAAACCUUAAAGAGGAUUGGUGCGAGAACAGCACUGAGGUCCCAGCAAUAUACGAUGUAAGGCAUCUGCUAUAGCUUGCCAAAUGGAAUUGGUUGUUCAGUAAUGUCCAAUUGUUGACAAUUAAUUGUGUAUGUUUAGUAUCAUACUGUAAAAGCGUCCUUUUUUUCUGA